UCCGCGCAGCUCGCGUCCCGCCCGGUGGCCCCAGCCCGGUCGCCCCAGUCCCGCGCCAGGUGCUCGGAUUCAGGGGGACCGCGCUCCCUGGGGGUCUUGCAGCCGAGGGUCCCGCCGCUGCGUGGGGACAUGCCUGGAAAGAAGGCGCGUAAGAGCGCGCAGCCGAGCCCGCCGCGGCCUCCGGCAGAGCCGGAAAUGGAGUGUGCCAUGCAGAUCCGGAGAAUUGGCGACAAACUGAAUUUCCGGCAGAAGAUCCUCAACCUCAUAGCCAAACUCUUCCACUCGGGAACCUGAGCACCGAUGCUUCCCACGGGCGUGGCUCCUCUCAGCGGGCUCCUUCCCCUGGGAGGUGCACAUCCAAGCAGGGAUUGAUGACCUUGUCAAGGAGAAAAAUGAGAAAGCGCGCUGCAUGGCUGUCCUGGGAGAAUGAAACCGGAAU